CAUGAGACCCGUGAUAAUAAAUACCUCAGUGCACCUCUUCAGGACACUUCAGGUCUAACUAACAGAGAGCUGAAACAGACGGAGGAGAGAAACCGGGAACUUUGUAGUUGAAAUGGCAGCAGGCAAAAGCAAACACUGGGUUCUCCUGGCAGCAGGUUCUACAGAUUGGGAAAACUACCGGCAUCAGGCCAUUGUGUGUCACGCUUACCAAGUCAUGCACCAGAAUGGGAUUCCAGAUGAACAGAUUGUGGUGAUGAUGUAUGAUGACAUCGCUAAUCAUAAAGAUAACCCUGAUAAGGGUAAAAUCAUUAAUGUACCAAAAGGACCUAAUGUUUACCCUGGGGUUCCAAAGGACUACACUGGAGCGGAUGUUACAGCUGACAACUUUCUUGCUGUACUGCGUGGAGAUUCAUCUGCUGUCAAGAAAACAGGAGCAAAAAAAGUCAUACAAAGUGGUAAAAAUGAUACUGUGUUCAUCUACUUAUCCGACCAUGGAGGUCAUGGUGUCUUUCACUUUCCAAAUUCCACACUUUACGCACAUGACCUCAUUAACACAGUGACAGCAAUGUCAAAGGCAGGCAAAUUUUCACAGAUGGUGAUUUAUAUAGAAGCGUGUCAUUCUGGAUCAAUGCUGGAUCAGCUGAAGGACAGCAACGUGUAUGCAGUUUCUUCAUGCAGGCCUGAUGAAUCUGGCUAUGCUCAUUUUUAUGACCAAAGAUUAAAUGCUUGGAUUUCUGGGGUCUUCGGUGCUAACUGGCUACAACACACUGAGAUAGUGAAACUUAGCACGACUUCAUUUGGUGAUCAGUUUUCCUUCAUAAAGAAAAAUGUCAUCGCGAUUGUGCAGCGUUUUGGAGAGUCUCAGACGCCGUGCAACUACGGUGACAUGAACAUAUCUAAAGUAAUGUUGAGUGAAGUCAUUUGUAAAUCACCCGCCCCUGUCACAAGAGCCAGAUCAGUCCCUCCUACUGACUUCACAGUGUCUGAGGUGAUAGACACUAUAGAUAUUCCACUGCAAAUAAAAAAAAACAUGAUCACAAAUGAAAAGGACCCUGAAAAAAAAAAGAUCCUGGAAAGACAAUAUGAUGAUCUUGUACGAAAGAGGAAGACUAUGGAUGAAGCACUGCAGAAGAUUGCAGAGCAACUAAAAGCCCCACAAACUCUGAGGGAAAAACGUGAGGUGACUCGUACGUACGAGCUCAAAGUCGUGGCUGAACAUUUUAAGAACAAUCUCUUCAACUGGGAAAAGGAGCCGCAUGUUGUCACUCAUCUACAUCUCCAGGUUCUGGUGAAUCUGUGUGAGUCUGGGCUGAAGGUUGAGAGCAUCAACGAAGCCAUUACUCGUGUGAGCAAGGAGAUUUCUUUCUAAAGAAAACACACAAGACUUCAGUCAUCUGAUUUCAUUCUCUUUUUUCUUUCUAUAUCAUACUGAUGUCUUUCAGAUUUUUAAAUCUUUUUAGAACUUUUUGAUUCUGGGGAACAAAGAAUCAUCCUGGUGUAUUUGUAAUGGGAAAUCAUCAGUCAGUUUUAAAUAAUUAUUAAAAAUUAACAAUUUAUGAAAUUUAUUUGUUAAAUUUGUUGCAUAUUUAGCAACAACACAGUUAAAGUACAGUACAGAAUCAUGUGGCACAUUUUACCAUCUAGAAUUUAAGUCUAACAAUUUUCCAUCACUAUAUUAAUCUUAGGGUUUCUGACUAUGCAGAUUUGUAGGUUAGUAAAGUUUCAUCAUGUGUAAUAGUACUGACAGUGAGAGCUCAGUUUAAUCUUCAUUUGAUUUGUUUAUUAAAAUGAUUCUACAGCAGUGUGCUGCAGUACCACUCAUGACCACUGGGGGAUUUCCCUUGUUUUUCUUCUUUAUUUGCUUGUGUUGAUUUUAAUUGUACCCAAAUCUAUAUGAUUGUGAUGAUUUACAUAUUAUAACUGUGUGACAUGUAAAUGUGUUGUUCUGAGAAUAUGAUCACUAAGAAGACGUCCUACUAUAUGUUUGAUCUAUCAUAAAAUGGACUGGUUCUUAAAGAUGUUUGUACUUAGGCUGUGUGUUUUUAAUGAUAUGUCAGAUCAUUCAUUCAUUCAUUCAUCUUCUACCGCUUAUCCGAACUACCUCGGGUCACGGGGAGCCUGUGCCUAUCUCAGGCGUCAUUGGGCAUCAAGGCAGGAUACACCCUGGAUGGAGUGCACACACACACUCUCAUUCACUCACGCAAUCACGCAAUCACACACUAGGGACAAUUUUCCAGAGAUGCCAAUCAACCUACCAUGCAUGUCUUUGGACCGGGGGAGGAAACCGGAGUACCCGGAGGAAACCCCCGAGGCACGGGGAGAACAUGCAAACUCCACACACACAAGGUGGAGGCGGGAAUCGAACCCCGACCCUGGAGGUGUGAGGCGAACGUGCUAACCACUAAGCCACCGUGACCCCUUCAUGGCACGAUCAGAUGUCAGAUCAGUUCUGGCUAAAAUCAGACCAGAUACCAAACAUACUCUGGAGACAUAAAAACCAUUGAUGAUCAGACUAUCACUGCGUGUCACCUCUUUGUGUUUAUUCCACCAUUUGGUUUGACUUAAUAAAUAUCCUAUACUUCUACAA